GUACUACUACUUUAGACUAUAGACAGAGCACGGAUAGUGCCGUAGCGAUAAGAAAGAAAGAAAAAAAUGGAAGGAAAGUUGUCGCGAACGGCAAAGAAGCUUACAUCGUCUCCCAUUCAAGAACUCUCUCACCUUGCCCAGAGAUGCAACGCUAUAAACCUCGCCGAAGGCUUCCCCGACUUCCCUGCUCCCCUCCACAUAAAAAACGCCGCCGUUUCCGCCAUCAAUUCCGACCUCAAUCAGUACAGGCACGUGCAAGGUAUAUGUGAACACUUGGCCAAGAUCGUGAAGGAAAUGCAUGGUUUAGACAUCGACCCUCUUACGGAUGUAGCUAUUUGUUGUGGUCAAACGGAAGCGUUUGCAGCUGCAAUCUUUGCAACAAUUGACCCGGGGGACGAAGUCAUACUUUUUGACCCUUCUUAUGAAACAUAUCAAGGAUGUGUGACCAUGGCCGGUGGUGUCCCGAUACAUGUGCCGCUUGACCCGCCUCACUGGACUUUGCAUCCAAGCAAAUUGCUGAGAUCAAUUACUGAGAGAACUAAAGCCAUUGUACUGAAUAGUCCUCACAAUCCAACUGGCAAGGUUUUCACAAAAGAUGAACUUGGGACCAUUGCUGGAGCAUGCUGCAGCCGAAACUGCCUAGCUAUAACAGAUGAAGUGUAUGAGCAUAUAACUUAUGAUAACCAAAAACAUAUAUCCCUUGCCACAUUUCCAGGCAUGCAAGAACGGACUAUUAUAACAUCUUCUUUAUCUAAAACAUUUAGCGUCACAGGUUGGAGGGUCGGAUGGGCAAUUGCACCAGCCUGUAUUGCGUCUGCUAUCAGAAACAUUCAUAUAAUAGUUACUGAUUCUGCUCCAGCUCCUUUUCAAGAAGCUGCUUUGACUGCUUUGAGAAGCCCACCUGAAUACUUUGAAUCACUGAGAAGAGAUUAUCAAUCAAAAAGAGAUUAUAUCGUCAAGUUGCUUGCGGGAGUGGGUUUUAAAAUACAGUUUAUACCUCAAGGCUCGUUCUUCUUAUUCGCCGAGCUUCCUGAGAAUUGUUCCCUUUCUGAUGUAGAAUUUGUUAAGAAGUUAAUACUAGAAGCCGGGGUGGUGGCUGUUCCGGGACAAGGAUUUUUUCAUACCAACAACCUAUCAUCAAAUGAAGGUUCUAAUGCAAAUUGUAACUACCAGAAGAGAUACAUCAGGUUUGCAUUCUGCAAGAGCGAGGCAACUUUGGCUGCGGUUUCAGAAAGACUUGGAAAGCUUUUGGAUGCUGCAGGGCAUCUUGCACUACAUUGAAUUAGUAGAAAGAAUAACGUGUGACCAAGCUGUUAGAAGAAGCUUUUAUAAAUUAAGAUAGGAGGUUAAUAGUCGGUUUAUAAUUAGACUACAGACCAUUGUUACAUACUUAACGAUGAAGGAUCACUAGCACUGAAAUUUCUCUGGCACAAUGCAUGUUCUAAAUAUAAUGAAUUUUUAUGUUAAAAGCAUGUGCCAAUGCAAGGAUUACACACAGGAGAACAUGUUCCUAUUAAUGUUAGUGGAAUGCUUCUUCUUUCAUAUGCAAUCGUCACUCUUUUUGUAGCAAAAGUUGUUCUUAACUUUAUCAUUGAAGUGAAAUGUUCUUAUCUCCAA